AUGGCGGAGGAAAGCUCAAAAGCUCCUGUGCAGAAGCGUGUUCGACAAAAGCAACCAGGUAGGCUCUACGUGAAGGCUAUAUUCACUGGAUACCGUCGGGGUCUGCGAAAUCAACAUGAGAACACAGCUCUGCUGAAGAUUGACGGUGUGAAUACCGCUCGUGAAACUGAGUUUUACAUGGGCAAACGAUGCGCCUACAUCUACCGCGCUGAGAAGAAAAAGCAACUUCCUCGGCGCCACAAGCCCACGAAGAUCAGGGUUAUUUGGGGCAAAAUAGUCAAGCCACACGGCAGGAGUGGCGCCGUGCGUGCUCGGUUCAAGCGCAACCUUCCUGGUAAGGCUAUGGGCAAGCGCAUUCGCGUCAUGCUGUACCCUUCUCGCGUGUAA